AUGAAUCAAAUUGAAAACUUUAAAAAUAGUUUGUAGUAGAAAUUAGAGAAUAGACUUUAAUUCAUAAUAGGUUUUACAUAGUUUUGUUUGAUGAAAGAAAACUAUUUCCUUUGGAUUUUAGCCAUGAUAGUGAGUGUAUUUUAAAAAGUGGCGAUAAUAAAAUUAGCAUCCUUACUUAAUAAUUUUAAAGGAUAAUCUGGUACUUAAGAUUUAGAAUUACUCUUUAAAAUAUGUGUUCCUACUAUAUAUUUACCUGAAAAUUUGGGACCUGAUUAUUUAAUUGCAUGUUAGAGUGUAUUUAUAAUGUUCUUUUCAAUUCCAGGUAUUUUAGUAGGAGUGAGCAUGUCUGAUGAGAUAACAUUUUUUAAAUAAACAAAAUUUAAGAAUAAAAGAUAAUUAAAUAUAAGUUAGAGUGAUAAUCUUAGUGAUUGUAUUUAAAUUAUGCAUUAGAUUUAUAAUUAAAAUUCUUAUAUAGAAGGAUUUCAACAUCGUUUAAUGUCAGAUUAAUCUAAUACAUCUUUACAAAUCAUAAGAUUAAGAUAAAUAGCAAUUUUCUUGAAUUAUUUUCCUCAUGUUUUUUUAAUUCCUAUACUUUAUUUCUUAUUACAAAUUAAUUUAGCCUUAGACAAGGCAGAUCAAACUUAAUAAAUUGUUGGAUAAAUAUUAAAUGUAAUAUUGGCAAUAGAAACUUUGAUAAUUGCAGGAUUAUCAUUAGUAUGGUGUUAAGUAUCAUUUACUUUACAUGAAUCUAACUUUUUAAGACUAAGAUUUUCAUAUUUAUAAUGGUUACAUAUAGGAUUUAGUAUAAUACCAAUAUUAAUCAGUUAUUCUUAUGUACGAGCAGGUAAUUAAAUUUAUGAAGAUGAUUUUAUUCAUGUUGUAAAUUUAGUAUUUGUAAUAUUGGCAUUUCUAAUUGAUGCUUUGGAUGCUUAUGUUACAUUACCAUAUGUCUAAAAAUUUAAAUAUUCAACUAAUUUAUUUAUGAGAGCUAUUGUAAUUUGUCUAACAUUAUUCUUUAUUUGUAGAUUAAGUGACGAAUAGAUUAUAUGUUUAACUUUUAUUGUUUCACCUUGUCUUAGUAGACUAUUUGUUGUAUUAUAGGAUAGUAGAAUUGAAAAUGUACUCACUUCAACUUUAAAAAAAGAAAAAGCUAUUCAAGUUCCUGUUAUUUAAUAAUAACUUUAAUAAACUCUACAUACACAUGAAUCAGAACAAGGUUUAAGAAUUGAAAGUGAAAAUAUUAAAUAUAAGGAUUUCUAAUCUAAUAUGAUUAAAUAAUAUGACAUGUCUUAUUUUAUUCAUUUCAUCAGAGCUGUCUAAUUAAUGAGAUUAACUGAAAUUGGAGUCUUAACUAGAAAUUCUGGAGUUUAAUUAAAAAAUGAAAGAUCUAAAAUUCUUAUGGUUUGUAUCAUAUUGUUAAGAACUCACACUGAAAAUUGUAAUAAUCUUUAUUGCUUUUGUCGCGGUCUUAAAGGAGAAAAAAGAAAAAUUAUUGAAAAAUAUGAAAUUGUUAAAGAAAUGAGAAUGUACGAUGAUUUCAAAAUUCUUAAUAUUCAAUUUUAUGUUGAAUUAAUUAUGAGAUAUUUAAGAGAUUACUCUAAAUUAGUCUUUUAAACUGAAAUUCGUAAAGCACAUCCUAAUAUUAUAUAUUUGAUAUAAAUUCUAGUAUUUUUAUGUAACUCUGAUGAAUGUUAUUAAGCUCAAUUAUAAAUACUUGAUUUAAAGCAUUUAUUAGAAAAAGGAAGUUCUUUAUAAUAAAGAUUAGCAUUUGAAUUACUAAAAAGUUAUUCAAAAUAUUAAAUCUUACAUAGAUUCAAAGAAGAUAUCACUAGAUAAUCAAUAGAAUUGACAUUGAAAUAUGAGGAUUACAGGUAUACAGAGUUAGAAAGAGAUCGCCUAUUGAAAUUAGUUUUUGGAAAUUUAUAACAUAAAAAACAAUUUCUAAUCAAAUUAAAUGAUGAAACACAUAGUUAUGAAUCUCUUGAAGAGCUAUAUUUGUAAUUAAACUCAUAAAAUUGUAAGAUUUAGAAAGAACUUGAAUAUUUUAACUUAUAUUCACCUGGUAGAACGUCUUUAUAUUGCUAUAUGCUUUACUGUCUAGAAGUUACAAAUAAUUAUGAUCAAUUUAUUAAACUAUGUAAUUUAAUCAAUACCAGAGAAAGUAAAUUCUUUGAAUACCCAACUUUCUAUUAUAAAACUGAAGAAUAAUCAUACAAAGUAGGAUACAUGUUGCUUAAUCUUACAUAGUCACAUAUGAAGAGAGGUGAAAUUAUUACUUUCUCUAAAAACUUUCCCUCAUUUGUUGGUUAUACAUAGGAAGAAUUUCGAUAAUAAGUAAAAUCUUUAGAUUAACUUUGCUAUCCUAGUCUAAUAAAAGCACAUGAUGAGAUGGUGGAAAUGUUUGUAUUAACAAAUAGACCUAUGAUAUUUAGAUAGCCAUUGCCAUUAUUAACAUAAUAAUUAACUCCAGGAGUAUUGUGUUAUUUAGAAAUAUUUAUAGAUAUCAGUUUUAAUUUUUCAUCAAAUAUUCUUCCUUCAUUUUGUUUUAUGAAAGAAAUCAAAUAAGGAAUUAGAUAAGAUGGAUUGAGUGGAUUUAUACUUUUAGAUUCAAAAUAAAAUAUAGAAGGGAUUACAAAUAAUGCAUUGGAAAGUUUUGAGAUGAGUAAUCCAUCUAAAUUAAUAGGUAAAUCUAUUAAUCAAUUUAUACCAAAUUUUAAUUCAUUAGAUGCAUAAUUAUAACACUAUUUGGAGGAAUAUUAAAAAGAAAAUGGUGUAAGUGGAACAUUAACUACAUCAAAUAAAUUAGUUCAACAUUUCACAGUAUCUUAAGAAUCUAUUGAAAUGAUAUUUGAUAAAGAAACAAAAUAUUAAUUAGAUUUGGAAGUGUAAAUGUCAUAUUCUCUUGUCAAUAGAAUGGUUUUUAAAGUAUAUGUUCUAAAAAUAAGAUCACCAUAUAAAUUAGGAGCAGUUUGUAGUGAUGAAUCUCCUUUAUCAAAGUCUUUAGAUGAAUAUAGUUCUGAAUUUGAAGGAAUAAAAUUAAAAGAUUAUAUUAUGCCUGGUGCAGGAGAUAAUGAGAUUCCUUAAUUUACGUCUUAACCUGAUCCAAUAACUUUACGUAGUCAGAUGGUUCCUGUUGAAUAAGAAAACUAACCAUUAAAAUAAUAAGAAUUUUUGUGUAGUGAUCAUCAUGAUAUGCUAUCUAAGUAAGAUUCAAGUGAAAAAGACAUGGAAUCACCUGAAUAACCUCAUAAAUAGAUUUAUAUAAAUAGUAUUAGUAGUAAUUCAUCUAAAUAAAGUGAAAUAUAAAGAAUCUUAGUUAAAUCUCAUUUUUAUCGUAAAUUCUCUGAAAUGAACACUAAACCUAGAUUGCUUUAUGCAUUACUUUUUAUUAAUAUAUUUUCUUUAGUAUCAAUUUUAGGAUUUAUGAGUGCUAGUACAAUUCUAUAUACAAAUUGGUAAAGCAAUAUGAGAAGCAAUAUCUAUAUUUUAUAAGCCUUUACUAUGACUGCCUAUAGCAGAGCUACUAUGUAAGGAACUAUGACUAUGAUUUAAUACACUCAAUAAGGUUAAAAUCUAUCAGAAUAUGGUAUUUAUUAUGAAUAAAACGCUACUUUACUUGGAUAAUUAUAGACUGUGUUGGAUAGGAAUAUUGAAAUAUUUUCAACAAGAAUGGAUGAGUAUUCAGAAAAUUCAAUUAUUAGAGAAGUAUUCUCAACAAUAGAAUUAGAACAAUUAGAUAUAUUUGAAAAUGUUGAUAAAACAGUCAAAGGUUGGACUGCUCUCUUCUAAUUAAUCUAUAUGAUAAGAUCCUUACAUAUAAUUGAUUUUACAGAUAGUUUUUAGUUUUUGAAAUCCAUUCUAUAUUUAUUGAGAUCUUAUAGUAAAUAUAAAGAUGCUUAUUCACUUUUAAAUACUAGAUUCACAGAUGAAAUUAAUUCUAUUUUGGGGUCGCAAGAUAAUAUUAUUGAUUAUGUUUCCUUUAUUUUCAUUGCAGUUUAUGUAAUCUAUUUCUGUAUUGCAUUUCUUUUAUAAUUUUCUUACAUUUAAUUAUGUAAAAAAUACAUAAGAUGUUCUGAAUAAAUUUCACAUUCUGCAAUUGCAAGUGAAUUAAACCAUGUGAAUCAAUUAUUAUUAAUUAAUCAAGACGUAAAUAUAUAUAUAAGGUUAUUAGCAUUUUGAUCUUUAUGAAUAUCAUUUCUCUUUAAGAGAUAAAUUCCAUUCAGAGGAAGAAGAUAAAUAAAAUAAUAAUUACUUGAGUGGAAGUUCUAACACAAACAAUAACAAUAAUAAUAACAAUAAUAAGAAAUUUAUCAAAGUUUAAGGCUAAUUGAAUAUAAAAAGAUAAAUUACUUUUAGUCUUCAUUUAAUAUCAUUCACUAUUUCAUUGGUGACAUUUUUAUUAAUUAGAAUGAAUGAUAAAGGUUAAAUUAAAGAUUUGGAGUCUAAAUUGGAGAUAUACUAAAAAUGUAUUACUUUUACAGAAAGUUUAUCAGAAGCAUGUUUGACUAAUUUCAUAUUGCAAAGUAAUAAAUAUUUAGUUCAAAAUGAUUUUAUUGAUGUUGAUGAUCCAGCCUAAUUUUUUAUUUAUACAAAUCAAAGCUACACUAUUGCAAAUAGUAUUUUAGGAGAGAUCCUUUAUUCAGAAGGAACAGUAUCUGAAGAAUUGAAGAUUCUAUUUUCAAGUAAUGUAUGCUUAUAGGUUAAUGAGCCUGAUAUAUGUGUCACUGUGAAUAAUGGAGAAUUACAAUAAGGAUUAUUAUUACCAUCUUAAGAAAUUUUUUAAAUUUUAAGAGAGAAUAUUGAUUUAUACUAAAUAUCAGGAGUUGCGUCUCAAAUGCUUUAACUGAGACAUAUGUUGUCUGAAAGUUUUAUGAUAGAUGCUAUUACAGGUUUUGUAGACACUGUUAGAUAAACUGUAGAAUAAGGAAUUUUGGAUGGUAACAAUGUUAAAUUAACAAUAUCUGUUCUUUUUUACCUUUUCAUUAUUUUGAUUAAUAUGUCUUAGAUUUAUUUUAUUCAUUAAUUUAUCACUCAAAAGCUAUGGGGUAUUAGAUAAUUUGUUUAUUUAUUACCACCCAAAGCUUUAUACAAUGAAGAUAGCUUUUAUAAAACUUUAACUUAUUUACUGAAAAUUGAAAAUUAAAUACUGUAUUUGUGA